GGCUGUUAGACACUGCGAAGAUGGUGGACAAGACACUGCUUCACCAGCGAUGGUCUGACAUCCGGAAAUAUUACGGUUCAAUGAAACAAAAUGUAGCGGUUUUGUACGAACGAGGAUUCUCCUUCGAAAAGAUCAUCAUGUUUUCGAAGGUGGAGAACAUCUUUCUGUGCGCCGUCUUUUUCAUGCUAGACAAGCACGACAUGACUGUCGAAGGGAUGGUGUCGUCGUUUGGAAGUGCCGAGAAAACCAAGUACGAUAACUUUGUCAACAUUUUUAGGAUGAUCGAAUCAGAGGACUACAGGCAGAAGUUGACGGCGGAGGACGAGGCUGCGGUGGCGCCCGAGCCGGAGGAGGGAGUGAAACAGGAGAAGGUACCGGAUCAAACAGCGCAGAAGAGCCGCUUGGGAAGCCAGAGCAGGCAGGAAGAAGAACGGGGCUCGAGGAAACGGGUGCGUUUUGCCGGAGAUGAGGGCGCCAAGCAGGCCGAGGACGACCAGGCUGCCACGGACGGGGCCGUCGUGGCCUGCGAGACCCAGGACGCAGCGGAGCCACACACGAAGCGGCCCCGGCCCGAGUCCGUGCACUACACGGAGCAGGUUGCCGGGCUUGUUUCGGAGCUGCGCACAUCGAUCAACGACUACACGCUGCUCCUCUUGGAGCUGGACCAGCAGCACACCCGGACAGCCAACACAGGCCUCACCCGGGAGCAAAUCACGGCAGAGCUCUCGUCGGCGCUUCGACGGCUGCGGCAGUACGACGACGCCGCCGUGAGGCACGAGCUGGGCCGGGGCGCCGCCCCGGCGCUCUGUGUCCAGCUCCACGGCGACCUCGAGCGCUUCCGCUUCAAGCGCUACGAGGUGCAGUCCCGUCUGCCGCCAGGCGUCCUGACCGACCACAAGGCCCCCGACGACUCGAGCGUCUUCGCCGAUUCCGACGACUCCGACGGCUCUGCCGACAUCGUCCCUGCCACUCCGCUCGAGCAGCAACUCGCCCAGCGCAUUGACGCCGUCCGGGCUGUUGUCGCUGCCAGCCUCGACGGCCCCGACGGCCAUGUCCCCGUCUCCACAGACACCCUGGACCGGGCCGUCAAGGCCGGUGUCUUCAUCUCCCGUCGUUGUGAACAGCAUUUGACGGCCGUGCUUGCGCGUGCGACAGAACUCUGUGUCGCGGCCUCGGACGCCACACGCGCCGCCCGCGAGCGGCUGCUGGAGCUGGAGGAGCGGGGCGAGACCGGUCCGGAGCAGGAGGUGGGGGUGGAGAGAUGAGCAGAGGGCCGGCGGGGGAAGAGCCGAAAAGACGGAAGAAGGGAUGAAGAAGGAAGG